AUGGAUUCCUCUUUCACAGCAAUUCGUGGUGGACCAUUUACCUACUGGUCACAUCCAAAAGCCUUACUGGUAAUUCAGAACCUUGUCCCCACAUUGCCCACAUUUCUAACGGAGACUCUGCUUUCCUCUGAUGGAAGUGCCGAUAUUAAAUUAUUUGCUCACGACUGGAUUGGAGUGGUAACUGAUGGACGUUUAUUUCUUUGGCCUUACAGCCAUUCGAGGGACUCAAAGAUCGCCCCAUCGUCAAGCUGUCGCCAGUUUGUGCUGCCUUCGGGUGGCAAGUCGAUGAGCGCUGUGGUUGCUGUCUCCUUUGAGGGCGAACGCCCGAAUCUCUGCGCCGUCGUCGUGGGCGAUGUCCUUCGUUUGUGGUCACGUGGUGUGUGCGGCACUGUGAGCAGGUCCCAAGUCGUUCACGACUUCACCGACACCAAACUUUGCGCCUUCAAAACUGACGAAUCGUGCAUCGCCUUGGAUCAAGGUCCCUGUCCUGGAACAUUUCUUCUUGCAACAAACCACGGUCGCAUUUUCGGCAUUGAUGCAACCACACCACAGGACCGCGUGUCGGCGUUUUUAUUGGCCGAUGGUUUCUCCACGGAAGCGACAGGUUCCUCCUUUCUGAAUUCAUCUGUGACGUCUGUGGAGGACAAGGAUAGAAGCCUCCUAUCGGGGUUAAGCCGUCGCGUCUCCUCCAUUUGGUCGUACGCAACGAGCAGAGUGCCUGCUAUUACUCGGAGCAAUAAUGAGGCGUUUUCAGCCGGGAAGGUCGUGCGUUUUCUGGUGGAUGGGACCAACGCCAAAACGGGGAAGUGUCGGGCCUGCCUCUUAACGCGAGGCCGCCUUGUUGUUUGGCAAAUCGAUGCCGAAUUUGAGUGUACGCUGAUGUUAACUACGGAGCUCAAUAACGACCAGUAUGGUGAAGCCAUUGACAUGGCGUUGACUCCUCUUCUCUCCCUCUGGAUUCUCUGCAAAUCGCCCGGCGAUAGCUCUGCAGAAGAGCCUUUGUCUCUUUUUUCUGUCGACAUCAAUCAAGAAUUGAGCGAUGCCACUCCAUCUGCGCCCGUUCCCGUUGCAAUCGAACAUGAUUCGUUGAACGUUGAAUUGAUCGCCCCCUUGACCGGCGUACGGACGUACCCGUGUUCACUGUUAGCUGUUUUUUCGCGCGAAUCCCGCGUCAUCUUCAUCAUCGAAGCUCUAACAGGUAGAUGCGUGUGUCAAGUCGAAUUCGAACAAACUUCCCCACUCAUUGGUGUAACCAGUGCUCCUGAGGGUAGUAAUGCUCUGUUUGCCUUUGUGACACGACAGCGCGGCAUCUACUCACUUGGCGGCGAGGAUCCAUGUCUAGCUAAUUUGAACUGCCGACAACUUAUCGACAGGCUAUCAAGACAAUCUUCAAAGCAUUUAACUUCGGAUCAGAUAGACGAAGUACUCUCUAGAACGGCUGCAUUACUCUGGAUGGGGUACGAGGUCAGUCCUGGGGAAGUUGUUGCUUUAUUUGCCGUCCUGGGCUGCUAUGAUUUCGAUGCAAUUUCAAUGUCAUUUCGUUUUUUUCUGGGUCGACGCCCGAGGGUCGUGAUUGUCAUACAAGAAUCCAACGAUUUGAUCAGACGCUUUUUCGGCGGUUCUUCGUCGGCACAUCGCGGUCUCGGCGGUGCCAUUUCGACGGCGUUUUUGCGCCUCGUGCGCCGCAUUCUCGACUCGCGACCAGCCAGCAGCUCCGACGCCCGUUCGCACGCCACCGCCACCGCCGCAACCCUCGAAUUCGAUUUUGCCCGUUCAACCGAGGGCUCGCGGUUUCUUGCCAAGCAACAGGCCAUGCAGAGUCUCUGUCAUCGACUCUGGCACAGCGUUGUUGCGACAUUUGGCGAUGCAGGAGAAAAUCUAAGUACAAAUGCCAUUGCCUCAGAACUCUUCUCCAUUACAAAUGAGCACGGCCAUGUUGCAUCACCUGGUGUGCACCAUCUUCUGAACGCCUUUCUUAUUGGCGCUGAAUUGUGCGAAUGCGCAAACGUUUUGUACGCAAAAUCUGUCCGCAAUCGCCAAUACUCCUUUUUGAGACCCAUUUUCAAGGCUGUCUUGCAGGAAUCGGAGUUAUCCUCCGUGAAUGUCUCCCUCAAUUUACUUAAACUCGAAGAAAUAUUCUUUCAAACGGUUUCACUGAUUCCAAAGUUCAUUUCUAAACUUGCCGAGCAGUUGGUUAACCGUAUUAAAGAAUGCUUGACAGACGACACAGAGUCGACCGAGUUCGUCACGCUGGCUGCCCAAUUGAUAACUGCAAGCCUAUCGGAGGCGUUAACUUACAGGCAGAAAUUGCUGCCGGCUCUCAGCUCAGUCAUCGCGGACGAGUCUUCACCAGGAAGUGCCACUGAUCUUUUCUGCUGGAUAACUGGAUGCGAUGGCGUGAGAGACGAGCUUCUGAGCGUCUUCAAUGCUCUGGCAGAUGUAGUCGCUGAGAGUAAUGAAGCCGGCCGAUCCCAAGCCGAUGGCUUGUCUCUAAAACAGGAAUGCGCGUGCCAGGCUGUGGAAUUGGCAACAAUCAUUCUACAGGCCGGUGAUCAACGCAUCAAAUGGGCUCCUGACUCUACUUCCACAUCCGCCUGGUUUAGUAACAUUCGGUCCGAACUCAUUUCUGCUGUUGCUUGGCGCCUAAUGCGACCCGAGGCAGCUCUUGACUUGGCCAUUAGAUUUGUUGACAAGGAACUGAUUGUUACCAUCUGCAACCACCUGGAUAAACUCGCCGGAAAUACCACCGAUGACUUGUUAAGCAGGCGUAACUUAGGACACGCUCACCUGAUUAAUGCGCUCCUUCGUCUUCCUCAGGAAUUACAGCUUGCCGACUACGCACUACAGUGGCACUACUCGCAGGGUGACAAGGCACGUGUGCAGUCACUUCUUGUGGCCCUACAAGACAAAAAAGAGCAGCAAAAACGACACAUGUCGUCGCCCCAAUCACUAUUUACUUCGACAAAGCGACCACGCCAUGCCUUAUCCACCCACAGCCCAACCACCUACGAGGCGGACACCUCUGUCAGUCGCUUUCUUCAGCGCCGCGAGGCUAGGGAUUUUGCGUGGCUUCAUCAGCUCAGAAACGGGGAGUUUGAUAAGGCUGGCGCGGGUCUUUUCACAGCUGGAACGUCCGAGUGCGGUGCCCUGGGCAGACGCAAGACGCUUCUGAGCCUAUCGAAACUGGCGUUCAUCGCAGCCGGUCACAGGGAGCUCUGUGAGGACUUGCCUACCGACAAAGCCAUACCUCGAAAUUUUGUGCUGACUGAUAAACACCUUGAAGUUAUAUGUCUACAAGAGGACUUGGUGAAGACAAAGUCACUGCACACGAUCGAGAGCAUGGGCGAUGCAGUGACGAGUGCUGCUGCCGCGUCGGAGCCCAUGACCGCCUCCGGUCUUGCUCGUUUGUACGUUUCUGAGUCAGUCUUGCGGCUGUUUUCGAGCAAGCAAGAACGCAUGACAGCCUUCACCUCGGCCCUGAGGCUGGCGCAGCUGGCUGUCGAUGUGGACGAGAGUGCGGACGCCGAGACAGAGGAGUUACUACAGCACAUUUGGAUGGAGGCGCUCAAUGUGGAAUCAUGGAAAGAACCCGAUAAAGAGGCUGAUUGCCACGGCAUGUGCGCAGAAAGUUUUUUCCAUUCCCUUCUUGAGCACUGUUUGCUAACUGGGCAGGUUCUUGAGACUGUUUUCCCACCGAUUGAAGAAUUCCUCUCUCGUGUUGGCGAAGAACAUGGCCAAUGGCUCCGAUUGCUCAUUCAAUACUGUUACGACGAAACUCUGCAGCGCUUUCAGCAAAAGGAACCAGUGACCAUAGAAGCCUAA